AUGACCGCAGUCCAAGAAUCUCGAGCCUUCCCCCUUCGCAAUUCCGGCAUCUACCGCAACCUUCCAGGGUUCGACCCAAGCAUCAGGGGCUUGUCGGCACUCGUGUGCGGCGCCACCGGAAUAUCAGGCUUUCACGCCAUCCGCGCUUUGCUAGACACCCCGAACAGAUGGGGCAAGAUCUACGCGCUUUCUCGAAAGCCCAUAGCAGAGUCGCAGCUGGCUCUGUUAGAGCCCUCGCAGCGCGAGCGCAUCAAACACCUUCCUAUCGACUUAAUGGCUUCCCCUGCGCAAAUCUCGUUGACUUUGAAGGAGGCAGGUGUCCAGCCUGAUUACAUCUUCUUCUUUGCCUACGUGCAGCCCAAGAGUCAGAGCGGCCUGGCCAAAGAAAUCGCUCAAGAGCUUGCGGAGGCCAAUGUUCCCAUGUUCAAGAACUUCCUCGAGGCUUUGAACGUCGGCAACCUACUGCCCAAGCGUAUUCUCCUACAGACCGGCGGCAAGUACUACGGUGCGCAUAUUGGUCGUAUCCGCACUCCAAUGACCGAAUCUGACCCGCGACCGACGCACUUGGGGGAUAACUUCUACUAUGGCCAAGAAGACGCCCUGGCCGAGUUCUGCAAGGCCCACCCUCAAGUAGGCUGGAAUGUUGUCCGGCCGUCCGCUAUCAUCGGCGCUUGCUCCGUGGCUGCCAUCAACAACUUUCUCCCUUUUGCUAUUUAUGCUGCCGUUCAAGCUCGCAAGGGGGAGGCUCUUGAGUUUGGCGGUAGUUUCGAUGCCUGGCUGACUGAGACAUGCUGGUCGUCGGCCCGCCUGACUGGCUUUAUCUGCGAGUGGGCCGUUCUUAACGAGAGCUGCAAGAAUCAGGCAUUCAACGCCCAGGACGGGUUACUUGUUGCCUGGAACAGGCUGUUCCCUGAGAUAACUUGUUGGUUUGGCGCCUCCGCAGGAUUCCGCGGUCCCGAGCUAGACGAAAGCAAGUUUAAGGAAACCUGGUCGUUCCAAGCAGGAAAAGACACCCCCCUCGGAUUUGGCCCGCCCAUGGGGAUCAAGACAUCCUUCACCAUCUUUGACUGGCUGCAGAAGCCAGAAAACAAAGACACUUGGAGAUCGAUCAUGGAGGAAUCGCAGGGUAAAAUCACCUAUGACCCUUUCGAUAGGGAAUCCCCGGAGAUGUUGGGCACUGAAAUGUUGUUCCUGCGGAGUGGCAUGCUUGAUUCUAAAAAAACUCCGCCAGUUUGGUUUCGUUGGUUGCGUUGA